AUGAAGUUCUCCCUCGCCGUCUUGGCCCUGGCUGGCGUUGUCGCCGCCGGCGACUAUCCCGCUCCUGACCCCCCGGUCUAUGAGCCUCCUGCUGAGUCUCACCCCGUCUAUGAGCCUCCCAAGGAGUCGUACCCUCCCGUCGAGCCUCCCAAGGAGUCCCACCCGGUUUACGAGCCUCCUGUCGAGUCUCAUCCCGUCUAUGAGCCUCCUGUCGAGUCUCAUCCCGUCUAUGAGCCUCCCAAGGAGUCCCACCCCGUCUAUGAGCCUCCCAAGGAGUCUCAUCCCGUCUAUGAACCUCCCAAGGAGUCCCACCCCGUCUAUGAGCCUCCCAAGGAGUCCCACCCCGUCUAUGAACCUCUCAAGGAGUCGUACUCCCCUCCUCCCCCUCACGAGUACCCUCCCCCCGAGCAUGUCACGGUCACUACCGAAUACGAGAUCACGAUCACCUCGCUCUGCCCCACCACCGAGACCAUCACCGAGCACGGCACAACCUACUACAACACGUACACGACUACCGACACGGUCGUGACCAAGGUCUACACGACCCUGUAUGAGACCGUCAAGAAGCCUGACGUGACCCACGUUGAGAAGGCCACCGACUACAUCACCAAGACCAUCGAGAAGCCUGUCACCGAGACCAAGUACAUUGACGGGCACACCACUGUCAUCACUCACUACAAGACGGAAGUCAUCACGACGCACGUCCCCGUCACGCACAUCAAGACGGUUCAGAAGCCUGAUGUCACCAAGACUGCCGAGGCGGUCAUCUACACAACUAUCCAGGGCGAGCAGGCCGUGACCGUCACUCACUACGAGGAGGGUGAGACGAUUCACAUCCAGCCCACCGAGGUUGUCCACCCCGAGCCCAGCACCUUCACCGAGGUUGUUGUCCCUCCCCCUACGACCGUCUCUGAGCCCGCCGUCACCGUCCCCGCCACGACUGCGCCCGAGACCGUCCCCACGGCCGCUGCUCAAGCCAACCAGGCUCCCGUCAUUGCCAUGGUGGCCGGUAUCGCUGGUGCCAUUGCUCUCCUCUAA